AUGGCCUGUGUGCCAGCUGCUAUUGCUACAUUUGUCGAAGUUGCAGGAACGUUGUCCAGCACUACGAUUCUUGGAGCGACAAAUCUCAACGGUGAUGUAUGCUUUCGGGCAGACACUGGAUACAACAGUUGCUUAAAAUUCAAUAGUGAUAACGCAGUAGGACAAAGUUUUUGUUCUCCCGAUGGAAUCUGGUGUUUUAAAUUGGCCUCUUUUGACGGUACAACAGGAAGUACUACUUAUUCAAUCCAGUUUGCGAAUCGAGAAUCUACCGAAAAAUCAUCUGUUGAUGUGUCCCCUGAUUGUGCUCUUGGAGCUACGCUUUGUACAUGGGAAAUUCCUAAUCAAGAAUUUGACAUGUAA